CCCGGUGCUGCCCGUCCCUCCGGGCGGAGCCGCGGCUGCGGGCGCUGCCCGGCCAUGCGGGCGGGCUGAGCGGCGCCGCCGCCGCCUGUCCCGGGCGAGGAUGGCGUCCAAUUUCAACGAGAUCGUGAAGCAGGGCUACGUGCGCAUCCGGAGCCGGCGGCUGGGGAUUUACCAGAGAUGCUGGUUAGUCUUCAAAAAAGCUUCAAGCAAAGGGCCCAAGAGGCUGGAGAAGUUCUCAGACGAACGAGCUGCCUACUUCAGGUGCUACCACAAGGUCACGGAGCUCAACAACGUGAAGAAUAUCUCGAGGCUGCCAAAAAGCACAAAGAAACACGCAGUGGGCAUUUAUUUCAGUGAUGACACCUCCAAAACUUUUGCUUGUGACUCAGAACUUGAGGCAGAUGAGUGGUGCAAGGUGCUGCAGAUGGAGUGCCUGGGAACACGAAUUAAUGACAUUAGCCUUGGAGAGCCUGACUUGUUGUCAUCUGGAGUAGAGAGGGAGCAGAGUGAGAGAUUCAAUGUGUAUUUGAUGCCAUCCCCUAAUUUAGAUGUGCAUGGGGAAUGUACCUUGCAGAUAACAUUUGAGAAUAUCUGUCUUUGGGACAUCCAGAAUCCCAGAGUCAAACUGGUCUCGUGGCCACUCAGUGCCCUGCGGCGCUACGGGCGGGACCCAGCCUGGUUCACCUUCGAGGCAGGCAGGAUGUGUGACACGGGAGAAGGGCUCUUCAUCUUCCAGACCAGGGAGGGCGAGGCCAUCUACCAGAAGGUGCACUCGGCCGCCCUGGCCAUAGCGGAGCAGCACGAGCGGCUGCUGCAGAGCGCCAAGGAUUCCAUGCUGCAGCUGAGGAGGAGCGAGCGGGCCGUGUCGCUGGGCACCGUGGUGCCCCUGCCCCGCAGCGCCUACUGGCACCACAUCACCCGGCAGCACAGCACGGGGCAGCUCCUGGGCCUGCCAGGUGUUUCCAGCCCCCUGAAGCUGCAGCGCACGGACACUUUCCCAGCCUACAGGUCAGAGCACCGAUAGAACCCCAGGCAGAGCUUCACAAACUCUUUGUCCUCUGACCAGCUGCCCCAGAGCGUGACAGUGCUGAUGACAACCAGGGAUGGAGGCACAGAGAAGUUCAGGUUGGAGGAAAAAUUCUUGCAAUACAAAGGAUUUUCUAAACUUUGGCAAAUACAGAAACGCUUCUGUGGAUACUGGGGAGAGGAACCAAACCACCAAACCCUUUCUGGUGAAUCUUUUGUAUCUUACAGCUGGACACAGAAGAAAUAACUCCCUAAACACUUCCCACUGGUUUUGUAUGAUAGGUAUGUUGUAAAUAUGUGAGACUCCUGCUGUAGUGUGGUUAUUUUGUCUCCUGACACUGGUUUGUGGCAGUGCUUAACUUUAGUUAUUCCCAUUAUUGUUACCCUGUUCCUGAUCUCUGGAAUGGUGGCCAGUUUGAAGCAGCUCUUGGAUACAAUUUUUCCUGUUGGAAGGAUUGAUUGAUUUCUUUUAAAAUAAUCUUCUCUUUCCUGUAUUUAUUUCUAUCUCUGUAAGCAUUGAAAAUAAAAAAAGUCCCAUGCAA